CUGAGAUUAACUCGGAACGGCUCGAGAUCUCCCAAGAUUUCAGUUUGUCAUUCAUUCCACUGUACAUUUCCUACAUCUUAAGCGGCCUUUCUCUCUCCUUCGUUUUCUUCUGCUGCUGCCAACCUCUGUGAAAAUGAUUCAGUUCGUGGUUCUUAUUAAUCGACAAGGGAAAGUGAGGUUGACAAAAUGGUACUCACCUUAUGCUCAGAAGGAAAGAACAAAGAUUGUCCGUGAACUAAGUGGGUUGGUUCUCUCUCGGGGUCCGAAGCUCUGUAACUUUGUGGAUUGGAGAGGAUUAAAGAUUGUUUACAGAAGGUAUGCGAGUUUGUAUUUUUGCAUGUGCAUUGAUCAGGAUGACAACGAACUAGAGGUUCUCGAAAUUGUCCAUCACUUUGUUGAGAUUCUAGACCGCUAUUUUGGAAGUGUCUGUGAGUUGGAUUUGAUCUUCAACUUUCACAAGGCAUAUUAUAUACUGGACGAGAUUUUGAUUGCUGGUGAGCUCCAAGAAUCAAGCAAAAAAACAGUUGCCCGCCUGAUUGCCGCACAGGAUUCACUGGUUGAGGCUGCAAAAGAACAAGAAAGCUCAAUCAGUAAUAUAAUUGCACAAGCCACAAAGUAGGCUGCUGUCACCUGUGAGUUCCAUAUCAACCGAUCCUAUACCAAGCCAAUUUCUAGUGAAGUUGUAAUCAAUUUUUUUUAAUGAAUAUAUCAUAUCUCUUUAUAGUGUAUAAUUGCUGUUGCCAAAAGUACUACUCUCCCUAGAUGAUUCUUCUUGUGAUAAAAUUUGUACCGUUGUAUUUGUUACUGUUUUUGCAAUGUCCUCCACACAGGCGUUUUGUUUCUGUAAUGUUACAUAUACCCCGACUGCAUUUUUCUCGCAUUGUUUUCGAUGCAAUUUUCCCUCUAGCAUGGACUGCAUAUUUAUUUAUUUAAA